GAAGCCUAAGGCAACUGAAAUUUUGAAGCAGAGUUUUCAAGAGACGGAUUGACUAAUGGGGACAGGAGCUUCAAAGAACCCCGGUAGCUUUCAUGGCAGCGAAGAGCGAGAAGACAAUCUGGACCAUGCUGGUGGACAGCUCUACGUCUCCUUGAAAAUGGAGAAUUACAAACUCAAGAAUGAUCUUAUCCCUCAUGUUUACGGUUCAGUCCCUCUCGUUGGUUCUUGGGAUUCUUCUAAACCUCUCUCAAUGGAGCGAGAGUCGACCUCAAUGUGGGAAUUAAGUUUCGUUGUUCCUCCAAACCAUGAGACUCUGGAUUUCAAGUUUCUUUUGAAGCCAAAGUACAGUAAUGCGCCUUGUAUUGUUGAGGAGGGCCCACACCGUCUCCUAGCCGGGGGUACCUUGCAAGGAGAUGCCAGGGAGGCUCUGUUCAGGCUCAAUGGGGAUGAGGUGCUCGAAUAUCGGGUCUUUAUCAAAGCUGACAGGGUUUCUCCUUUCGAUCUUGCGGCUAGUUGGAGAGCUUAUCAGGAGAAUCUUCAGCCUUCCACUGUUCGUGGAAUUCCAGAUAUUAGCAUCAAUGCAGCACCAGAGACAGGUGUUGAGAAUGGUUCCACAGCAAGUUUAGAGCUUGAUCUGGAACAUUAUGUUGUUCCAGCUCCAGUGACUUCUGCAACCUCAGGCCUGGUUUAUGCAGCUAACAUGACAGAGACUCCAAGAUCACUGACUCGUUCUGGGAUCUUUUCUAACAGUGAUGGCUCAAGCAGUGUUUCACACUCAAAUAGGGCUGGUAGUGUUUCAGUUGAUCAACCUGCUACUAAAAAGGAAAUGGAAGUCAUUGUUCCAGAUCCUUCCAAAUUUUAUUCUUCGUCUGGUAUGGUUGAGUCAAAGUCAGUAGGAACGUUUUCACCCAUGCAAAAGCAGGAGGGUCACAGGGGCCUCUUUGUGGAUAGGGGUGUGGGAUCUCCAAGACUAGUUAAAUCAGCUAGUCAAGCUACUUUCACUAUGAAUCUGAACCUGGAUUCCGAAACCAAGAAUGCAAUGCCAGCAGCUGCUGGAGCUGUUGCAGCUGGAGCUAUUGCUGAUCAGAUGCUUGGACCUAAGGAGGAUAGACAUCUGGCAAUUGUUCUGGUUGGAUUACCAGCCCGAGGCAAGACCUUUACUGCUGCAAAACUUACAAGAUAUCUCCGCUGGUUGGGUCAUGAUACUAAACACUUUAAUGUUGGGAAGUAUCGUCGCCUCAAGCAUGGAAUAAAUCAGUCUGCUGAUUUUUUUCGAGCUGACAAUGCAGAAGGCAUAGAGGCACGCAAUGAGGUAGCAGCUUUGGCAAUGGAAGAUAUGAUAUCCUGGAUGCAGGAAGGUGGCCAGGUUGGAAUAUUUGAUGCCACAAACAGUAGCAAGGCACGGAGGAAUAUGCUAAUGAAGAUGGCUGAAGGGAAAUGCAAGAUUAUAUUUUUGGAGACAAUAUGCAACGAUGAGCGCAUCAUUGAAAGAAAUAUACGCCUUAAAAUUCAACAAAGUCCUGACUAUGCUGAAGAGCCUGAUUUUGAAGCUGGACUGCGAGACUUCAAAGCACGACUGGAAAAUUAUGAGAAGGUUUAUGAACCAGUGGAAGAAGGGUCAUACAUCAAGAUGAUUGAUAUGGCUAGUGGACAAGGUGGUCAGAUACAAGUGAACAAUAUUAGCGGCUAUCUUCCAGGAAGAAUUGUCUUUUUCUUGGUAAAUACACAUCUCACACCCCGCCCAAUAUUGCUUACUAGACAUGGAGAGAGUCGGGAUAAUGUCAGAGGUAGAAUUGGGGGCGAUAAUAUUUUGAGUGAAGCCGGAGAAAUUUAUGCAAAAAAACUGGCCAACUUUGUGGAAAAGCGACUCAAAUCUGAAAGGGCUGCUUCUAUAUGGACUAGCACACUGCAAAGAACAAUCUUGACUGCAAGUCCAAUUGUUGGAUUCCCCAAGAUCCAAUGGCGUGCACUUGAGGAGAUUAAUGCUGGAGUAUGUGAUGGAAUGACAUAUGAAGAGAUAAAGAAAAAUAUGCCAGAGGAGUACGAGUCACGUAAGAAGGACAAGCUGAGGUAUCGGUAUCCUCGUGGGGAAUCUUACCUUGAUGUUAUCCAAAGGUUAGAGCCUGUAAUUAUUGAGCUUGAACGACAACGUGCACCUGUUGUAGUGAUUUCUCACCAGGCUGUUUUGAGAGCAUUAUAUGCAUACUUUGCUGACCGGCCGUUGAAAGAAAUUCCGCACAUUGAGGUGCCGCUUCACACCAUAAUCGAGAUUAAAAUGGGAGUUACUGGUGUCCAAGAGAAAAGAUACAAACUUAUGGACUGAGUUUAUUCCAAGUUGUCUCCUUUUGUAACAUAACUACCCGAUGACCACGAAGCCUAAAAGAGGCAAUACCAUAGCAAUUCUCUAUUCAUUUAAUCUUACAUUUAUUGACUGGAAGAUGUAAGACACAGGGAAUGAAUGCAAUUCACUGGAUUCACAGCUACCAUUGAUUUGUAAUGGCCUUAUUUUGUUCAUCCAAGAGCAUUUAAACUGCUGUUCAAAUGGUAACAUUUUCCUAAUUUGAAAGUGAAAGGUAAAAAGUAAUCCAAAA